AUGAACACUGACGCACCUGAGGAAGGUAACGCCUUCUGGGCCCACAAGUCCGCCCUCGAACAGAGGUACCAAAUCAUCCUGGACAAGGUCACCCCACACUACAAGGAGCGCUGGGCGUUCACGGCCGUUGCGCUUCUGAUCUACUUUAUCAGAGUGGUGAUCGCCCAGGGCUGGUACAUUGUCACGUACGCGCUCGGCAUUUAUCUUCUGAACCUGUUCCUGGCCUUCUUGCAGCCCAAAUUUGACCCGUCCCUGGAGAUGGAUAUGGAGGCCGAUUCAGUCGAGGAAGGAGGUCCUGUGCUGCCCACACGAUCUGACGAUGAGUUCCGGCCUUUUGUCAGGAGGUUACCGGAAUUCAAGUUCUGGCACUCGGCGACGCGUUCCAUCAUCAUUGCGUUUUUCUGCACGUUGUUCCGUGUCUUUGACAUCCCUGUGUUCUGGCCCAUUCUUCUGGUCUAUUUUUGCAUGCUGUUCACGUUGACCAUGAAGCGCCAGAUCAAGCAUAUGAUCAAGUACCGAUACAUUCCCUUCAACAUUGGCAAGAAGUCCUACGGCAACAAAAACUUUAGCUAA